GAUCCGCACACGGUGAUGGCAGUAUGGAGCCGUGGCGAGCAUAUCCCUAACUACAUAACUUACACCUGCUGUGUACCUAUACAAUUGUUGCGCCAACAUUCCGCCAUCGUCUUAUACCAUGGCUACGGCCUCUCAAGUGUUGCACCGGGACAAGAGGCAGUUUGGCGAGACACAGCCCGGCCUGGUGAGAAUGGAGCCAGGAGGGUGCACGGGCGGCGGCGACGUGUGGGCGCCUCUGACGAAGAUUGUGUCUGCUGCAGGCGGCAGAGUCUCUUCCUGCAUGGGCUGCGGCGCCGUCAUCAACGACCAGUACAUCCUGCGCGUGGCACCGGACAUGGAGUGGCACGCUGCCUGCCUCAAGUGCGUCGAGUGCCAGCAGUUUCUUGACGAGACCUGCACUUGCUUCGUGAGAGACGGCAAGACCUAUUGCAAGGGGGACUAUGUCAGAUUAUUUGGUGCAAAAUGUGAUAAGUGCGGGAGUGUGUUCACGAGAACGGACAUGGUAAUGCGAGCGAGAUCGAAAAUAUUCCACCUUGAUUGUUUUAGAUGCAGGUGUUGCGGAAAACAGCUGUUACCUGGAGACGAGUUCGCCCUCAGAGAUGACGGUCUCUUCUGCCGAUUCGACUUCGACGCCAUCAAGGAGGAGACACGAGACCACGAAAUGACCGACGAUAACCACAACACAGAUCCCACGUGUCCGGUGCAGUUAGCGGAGGAACCUGAGCUCGCCAGCGGCCAGGGGGCAGCCCGGCCAGGCGCAGGGAACACGGCAGGCCAAGGAGGAGGCGGAGGAGGAGGCAGCACCGUCUCCUUAGGCUUAGGGAGACGCGACACUUCAGGAAGAGUCCACAAGAGCGAAGGAAAGCCCACCAGGAUUCGAACGGUGUUGACAGAGAAACAGCUACAUACGCUGAGAACCUGCUACGCCGCCAACCCACGCCCGGACGCCCUCAUGAAGGAGCAGCUGGUGGAGAUGACGGGCCUGUCUCCUCGCGUGGUCAGGGUUUGGUUCCAGAACAAGCGGUGCAAGGACAAGAAGAGAGCGCAGUUCCUGAAGCAGGCGGCGUUGCAGCAGGAGAAGAGCGGGCGCUUUGGGGCAUAUGGCGCCAUGCAGGGCAUCCCUCUGGUUGCCUCCCCGCCCGUGCAUGCAGAAGCGGCGCCCACGCCCUUGGACGUGACCGCCUACCAACCGCCCUGGAAGUCCCUCACUGAAUUCGCCCUCGCCCACGACCUGGAGAGACUCGACCCAUCGCACCCUCAGUACCAGCAUAUGAUACAACAGAUGCACGGCUACGGCGUCGAGCAGGACCACGCCCUUGCACACCACCAGCUCCCCCAGUACAUGGAGGAAGGGGGGCCGCCCAUGGGACACCCUUACUCGCACCCUUCCUCUAACCCUUCGGCACAGUUCCCCGGCACGCCCUCCGAGCUCUCCUCGACGUCCAGCGACUAGUGUUGGGCGGGCGAGUUUCUUCGCCUGCUUGCUGUGAUGGGGAU